UCAUAGCUUGGGCAGGUAAGUAAAGAAACACUCUCCCACACUCUCUCUCUUCAAUUUGUGUCUUUCUCUUUCUAGCUUUGUAGCUCCUGGUGUUGUCUGUAAUCUAUAAAAGUUAGAUUUUUAUGCUACCUUUGGUGUUUAUGCUCACUACCCAUUUCAUGAAAUUUGUUUUUGCUGUCAAAUUUAUUUACAUCUAAGCAGCAUUUGAUGCUCUCUGGUGAUAUUGUCAGAACACACCCCAACUAGAGGAACUGUGUUCAACUUCAACCUAAACCCUGUCCCUUUCAGUUUCCCUCAGUCAUUGCAGGAUUUGAGUAGAAUUAGAUGCUUUUGGUCUUUCCUUGUUCUUGGAUUCCCAUCCUUGAAUUUAAUAGCAAGAGUUUCAAAACAGCACUUCUUGUCUUGUCUUUUAAAUCAAAAUCUUAAAAAAGAUAUAUACCAACUGUUUGUUCUAUUGCCUCAAAGAGUUGCAAUUGCAAGCAAGGCAAUUCAUGUAAUGGAAGAUUUGAUGGAAUGGAGAUUUUAGUUGAUGUUGUGUGGAGUUUGGACAAAGGAGAAAAGGGAAUCUGCUUUACUUGCAGUUUGAUGAGCUGUUAGCUAAUCCCAUUGUCCAUGUCCUUCACCUUUAUGCUCUCACAAGACUGAAAGGUUCACUUUCUUGUCUCAGAGGAAGCAUUUUAUAUAUAUUUUUUGAAGCAGUGUAGACUUUGAUCCUAAGGUUCUUGAAGGAAGAGGUAAUAACCUGGUGUCUGACGAGUAAGAUUAUAUUCCAAUUUACUUUUUCUAUGUAAGCUACUACAAUGAGGGUUUUCUUUUACUUUAACUUCCUCUCAGUCCUAUAAAGCUGCCAAGCCCUUUGUUCCUUGUUUAGUCCUGCAAGAUAUCUCUCGAACCAGCUUAGUCAAAAUUCACUUUCCCUUUAAUCAUUUGCAAUUGUUUAUUUCUCAUGUUUCAUCAUAUCUAGAUGCAGCACUGGUGUGAAUCAGACUGCAGAACUAGGAUUGUGGUCACAGGUUGAUAUAUAUAGAGAGAGAGGGUAACUUUCUUGGUUGUGACUGUUUAGUUUAGACUUUAGAGUGUUAGAAACUAUUGAAUCCAAAUGGGGGGUCAAGAAAAUGCUAUGAGGUUUCAACAUGGAAAGGAGAGUAUUAUGAGUGCAAAUGUUUCAGAAAUGGCCAUUAGUUCUGUGUCUUUGGCUAAACCUUCAGAGGCAGCUAAUCCUUUUCUUGCUUCUCAUGCUUGGGAUCCCCUUGUUUCAUUGAGUCAGGCUCAAACUUUUGGAGGGUCUUCAAUGGUUUCUCAUGGUGAGUAUGCCAAUGCAAAUGCUUCUUACCCUCUUGUUAUGGAGAAUCAGGGAAUGGGAAGCACCUCUCACCUUGUUCAAUACAUGUCUGACUCAAAUCUUAGGGGCAUGGUACCCAAGAUUCCCUCCUAUGGAAGUGGUAGUUUCUCAGAAAUGGUUGGCUCCUUUGGCCAACAUGGGUCUGGUGAUAUAACCAACACAGGGUAUCCACAACACUAUAAUGCUGGCAUUGAAAGGGUUCCAAUUAAUUGUGAGCACUCACAGGUUGAGGACUCAACCACUGAAGAGGGAGCCCCAGGAUCUGCACCUAGUGGAAAUAGAAGAAAGCGUGGGCUUGAUCAAAAUUCUACCUUCAAUCCAAACAAGAAUGCUGAGGGUGAUGAACUGAAAGAUUCUCCUGGGAAGAUCUCUGAUGGUUCAAAAGAACAUGAAAAGAAACCAAAACUUGAGCGGAAUGCUAGUGCAGAUUUGAGAGGCAAGCAAUCGGUGAAGCAAGCUAAAGACAACUCAGAAAGUGGAGAAGGUUCCAAAGAUAAUUUCAUUCAUGUUAGAGCUCGUAGAGGUCAAGCCACAAACAGUCACAGCCUUGCAGAAAGGGUAAGAAGAGAAAAGAUUAGUGAAAGAAUGAGGUUGCUUCAAGAGCUUGUUCCAGGAUGCAACAAGAUAACUGGCAAAGCAGUAAUGCUGGAUGAGAUUAUAAACUAUGUGCAAUCACUGCAGCAACAGGUUGAGUUUUUGUCCAUGAAACUUGCUACUGUGAACCCAGAGAUGAAUUUUGAUUUAGAGCGGAUCCUAUCUAAAGAUAUUCUCCAAUCUCGCAUAGGACAUGGAAUUGGUGGUUAUGGUGCUGCUGGUGGUAUCAGCUCCUCUCACCCAUUCCCGAAUACAAGUUUCCAGGGAAAUCUAGCUGGCAUGCCUGGUUCAUCAACACAAUACCCUCCUUUGCCACAGAAUGUUUUGGACCAUGAGUUCCAAAGCUUCUAUGGAAUGGGAUAUGAUUCCAAUACAGUACUUGACAAUUCGGGACCUAAUGGGCGGUUGAAAACAGAGUUAUAGUAUCUACAAUAUAUAGCCUUGUUUCUACAACAAAGACUUCAGAAUUUUCCUGUUGACCGCACAAUUUAACUGAAGUUGAAGAAAGGAAAAUAAAGGUUUUAGUUGUAUAGGAAGGAUCUUUCUUAAUACCUAACUCUUGGCUCUUCGAUUUUUUAGCAGAAGAUGACUUCGUUAGAUUUAUCAUUGGAAAAAUUACACAUGUUAUGUAAAUGUGUGUAAAAUCUAGAUCAUUAAGAACAUCCUGCGGUGGUGGUCUUAAUAUAGUGACAUGGAGGAGCAGUAUUUGAGGAGCAUGCAAGGGUAUGCAACCAUAAUUACUUUUUGUGAAAUUAUUAUGUAUAGAGUUGCUGGGCUUGGAAUCUUGAAGCUCAUUGCUUUCAACAUUGUUGCAGAUAAGAUCAUGUGUGCACUUUUGUAAGGAUCUCUGGUUGUUUUUAUAUUGUUCUUUUGAAAAGAAAAUUUACUGAGUGAAGAGCUUCUUAGUGCAUGAAGGGGUGAAAAUGCUGCCACUUGUAUGAGUGUGUGCUAGAGAUGGUUACCAAUGCUUCAAAGAAUGUCCUCAUCUUUUCUGAGUGUUGCUUUUAUAACUCUUUAACAUGGGAAUUACAAGAAUUUAAAUUGGAA